ACCAUCACAGUCAUACCUAAUAUAAACCUAUAAUUAAAAACCAAAACAAUAAAGAUGGCGGCUAAACCAGAGCCUAUCGGGCCACGUAACGGUCACGAAUUAGCACCAUUGAACACCCGCGAUGGCGUAGACAGACCCCAGGUCACCAUAGUCCUCCAAGGAUCCCGUGGCUCCCUCCAAAGGGAGAUGCCAGGAGAAGAUAGGGCAGCCUGGUCCGGGAAAUUGCAAUUCUUCCUGUCGAUUAUCGGAUAUUCGGUCGGCCUGGGCAACAUCUGGAGGUUCCCGUAUUUGUGUCAGCAAAAUGGUGGAGGAGCGUUCCUGAUACCCUUCCUCAUAAUGCUGAUACUGGAAGGGAUUCCCCUCUUCUUGAUUGAGAUGGCCAUCGGUCAGAAGAUGCGGCUUGGCUCCCUAGGCGUGUGGAAUACGAUUCAUCCAUGGUUGGGAGGAAUUGGAAUAUCGAGCUGCGUUGUGACUCUUUUUGUGGCUCUGUAUUACAAUGUCAUCAUCACUUGGGUCUUCUUCUAUCUUUUUAACAGUAUUCGGCUGACAGCGGACCAGCUUCCCUGGGCUCACUGUCCCGCAGACAACAGCAGCCGUGAAAUCGAAUGCAACAAGGCUUCAGCUACGGUCUACUUUUGGUACCGCGAAGCAUUGGACGCGUCUCCCAGCAUUGAGGAACCGGGAGUGCCAAGAUGGUGGAUCGUCUUGUAUCUGCUGCUCGCCUGGUGCAUUGUCUUCUUCAUUGUCAUGAAAGGCAUUCAAAGUAGUGGAAAGGUUGUCUACUUCACAUCGCUGUUCCCGUAUGCUGUGCUGACGAUUUUUUUCGUGCGCGGGGUUACGCUCCCAGGCUCCUAUGACGGCAUCAUCCAUAUGUAUAAACCGAAGCUAGAAAAACUACUAGAUCCGACAGUCUGGCUAGACGCAGCAACUCAAGUCUUCUACUCCUUCGGUCUAGCCUUCGGGUCUCUUAUUGCUUUCGGCUCUUACAAUCCACCGAACAACAACUGCGUAAGAGAUGUAUUACUGGUCUCCGUUUGUAAUGCGCUUACGGCCAUCUACGCGUCCGUUGUCAUCUUCAGCAUUCUUGGGUUUAAGGCGUUCACUAUGGUCGAGACUUGUAUUGUCAAGGAAACCAAGAUCCUGGCGCUACACCACAUCGGAAAUUUCACUCUCAAUUCAACUGCGGAGUACUACAAUGAGCAUUAUCCUCUAUUAGCGCCUAACCUGACGAAAGCCCUUAAUCUCACUGGGUGUGCGAUGAGCAAACAGCUUAAUGAGGCUGCAGAAGGCACAGGUCUUGCCUUCAUCGUUUUCACCCAAGCAAUCCUGAAACUGACUCCAGCUCCAUUUUGGUCGAUAAUAUUCUUCCUGAUGCUGCUUUCUUUGGGGCUGGGCAGUCAGAUCGGCAUUAUGGAGGGAAUGCUUUGUACCAUAUUUGAUAUCGAUUUCUUCAAGCGGUUUAGUAAGCCUGUUCUUACUGGUACGGUCUGCACUUUUUGUUUCUUUGUGGGUCUGAUCUUCACAACGGGCGCUGGAGAAUACUGGCUAAAGAUGUUUGAUUCUUUCGCCGGUACUAUAGGCCUGGUCGUCGUGGCUCUCCUUGAAAUGGUCUCUGUUAUUUACAUCUACGGACAUGAGAAGUUCACCAAUGAUAUCUACGAGAUGACUGGCUACCGCCCAGGGCUCUACUGGCAGGUGACAUGGCGCUACGUGGGCCCGGUUAUCGUCAGCUGUAUCCUGCUGUCUUCACUCGUGUUUAUGCUUAUCAAUCCACCUACUUACGGUGCUUGGAAUGCUGAUGAGGGUCGCGUGGACAAAAUGCAAUAUCCGAAUUGGGUUCUCGGCAUAGCCAUUGCAAUGAUACUAGCCGGGGUACUGCCCAUCCCUGUGGUACUCCUACUUCGCCGCUUCCAGUGCCUUGCAUUCGAUGUGGACAUACAUCAAGGGUCUAUAAGGAGGAUUGAGACUACGGUUUCCACGAAGGAGAUGAUGAGUGACCAGGAUGUAUUGUCACCGGACGACGCGUCGCCAGCGCCCGCGCAGCUUGUCGCUGAAGCCGCCGGUACCAGAUUCACAAUUGGAGAUUUUGAUGGUGUGGACAGCGCCGACGAACGACCGACCAAGACCAGGCUUCCCACCAGCAUCGUGCGUCGCCCCAAGAAAUAAAUACGGAGUCUGAAGGUGAAGUGCGCACGGCCGUUCGUUUUGAAGACUCGAGCAGUAGUGACGAGGAAAUUCUAAAUACAAAAUCCGGAACCGGACGGCUCGCUAUGAAGGCGAUUGGCCGCAAGCUGAACACAUUCAAGAUGGAAGUCGUAGAUUGAUCGUUAUAUUUGAAUUUAGAAUAGAUGUGUUGCUAGUUUUAAUUUUAAUUAAGAAUGUAAUGCAUAAUCUAGUAGAAUCAUUUUGUCAACAACAAUAUUAUAAAUUCAGUACAUACAUACACCAAACUGACAACGUAGUACAUAACAUAGUUUAAAAAUAUUAUGCCUAUCUAAAUGCUAUCUAUAACAUAAGUGUUACGUGAAGGCAAUGUCUGCGUACCAUUGAAAUUAUGCAUUCCAUUCUAAAUAAUAUGAUGUAUUGAUAAAUCAUAAUAGUUUCAUAAUCAUUAUUUCUUUGUGCCAUAUUAUUAUUAUUAAAAUUUAGAAAAAAUCAUGAGCGAUGUGAACAUAUCUUAAGCGAUCAAAUUAAUUAUUUAUAAAAAUUCGUGCACAGAUCUAAAAUUAAUACGCAAUUUCACACGUUGUCAAUGAAACUUAAAAUAUUCGGGAAAAUUAUUAGGAGCUAAAAAUUAACACAUCGCGUUGUAGGAUUUAGUGUCCAAUUAAUAAAUUAUUAAACUUCAGGGUUUUACAAGUAUCUAACGAAUCUUUAGUUCUCGUCUUUUUACGGCCCUUUUUUAAUAAAUCUACAACUACAGGAGAUAUGAGCAUGAACUCCAUCAGCUCAUUCGCCCGCCCUUCUUUACCAUCGAACAUCGAGACGUACGGCGAGAUACCAUCCCGACUUGAUCGAUAUCGCUUCGGGCGUGCUAAGCUCUUUUCGUCAUCUUUUAUUAUGCGUACAGCCGAGGAGUGAAAUUCCCUGCCUGCGACUGUGCCUCCGAGCACAUACGUGCGACUGAGUGAAUGGGGCAUCUU